GAAGACGUAGCAGUCCUCUGGAUUACCUCAAGUCCCGUGGAGCUGCCCUGGCAGACUCGGGCACCAGCUCGGCAGCUAAGAUGGGCAACAAUGCCGCGACCGCCAACAAGAAGGUCGACGCUGCCGAGAGCGUCAAGGAGUUCCUCGACAAGGCGAAGAAGGAGUUCGAGGACAAGUGGAAGAAGAACCCGACCAACACCGCCGGGCUGGACGACUUCGAGCGCAUCAAGACCCUCGGCACCGGCUCGUUCGGCCGCGUCAUGAUCGUCCAGCACAAGCCCACCAAGGAGUACUACGCCAUGAAGAUACUCGACAAGCAGAAGGUCGUCAAGCUGAAGCAGGUCGAGCACACGCUCAACGAGAAGAGGAUACUGCAGGCCAUCAGCUUCCCGUUCCUCGUGUCGUUGCGCUUUCACUUCAAGGACAACUCUUACCUGUACAUGGUGCUGGAGUACGUGCCCGGCGGCGAGAUGUUCAGCCACCUGCGCAAGGUCGGCCGCUUCUCGGAGCCGCACUCGCGCUUCUACGCCGCCCAGAUCGUCCUCGCGUUCGAGUACCUGCACUACCUCGACCUCAUCUACCGGGACCUCAAGCCGGAGAACCUGCUCAUCGACUCGCAGGGCUACCUCAAGGUCACCGACUUUGGCUUCGCCAAGAGGGUGCAGGGACGGACGUGGACCCUGUGCGGCACGCCCGAGUACCUCGCGCCCGAGAUCAUCCUCAGCAAGGGCUACAACAAGGCGGUCGACUGGUGGGCGCUCGGCGUGCUCGUCUACGAGAUGGCCGCCGGCUAUCCGCCCUUCUUCGCCGACCAGCCGAUCCAGAUCUACGAGAAGAUCGUCAGCGGCAAGCCCCGCUUCCCCUCGCACUUCGGUUCCGACCUCAAGGAUCUGCUGCGCAAUCUCCUGCAGGUCGACCUCACUAAGAGGUACGGCAACCUCAAGGCGGGCGUCAACGACAUCAAGGGCCACAAGUGGUUCGCCAGCACCGACUGGAUAGCCGUCUUCCAGAAGCGAAUAGAGGCGCCGUUCAUACCGCGCUGCAAGGGACCAGGCGACACCAGCAAUUUCGACGAUUACGAGGAGGAGACCCUGAGGAUCUCGCUGACGGAGAAGUGCGCCAAGGAGUUCGCCGAGUUUUGAACGCUGCGCCGGCUCGGCAGAUUGCUCGCAACCAAGAGGUGGACGCCGCGCGUCGCGACGUCGCGCAAGCUCGCGUCGAGCCAACGCGGUACGGCGCUCCUUCGUCAUCGCCGUCGUCACGUUGGUGAUUCGCUUUUUUUGCGAAACAGAGCGAGAGAGAGAGUAAAAGAGCGGACGAGAGAAAGAGUGAAAGAGAGAAGGGUGCAUCUGUGUGUGUCAGCGCGUAUCCGCGUGUAACGACAGCUCUCGAAAGCUAGGCGCGAGUCGGAGUAGAGUCUUUUCUUUUUUGCCUCGAGAUUUCUCGCGGGCGAUACCGAAGGGAAGGGUGUAUCACUCCAGAUAGGGAGGGGGGAGAGAAGUACGCGUAGGAGCACGUGGAGCAAUUCGCUCGCUUCUCGUUUCGUUGCGCCGCUCGAGAAAGAGAGAGAGAGAGAGAGCAGGAAGGAGAGAAACGCGAAGCACACCGGUUGGAUAACACCGGGACGUUUACACGCUGGCGGUCGAGCGUCCGAGAAUUAUAUACACGCAUAACUUUUCGUUGUCACGUAUGUAGUAGACGUCGCACACGCGCCAGCAUCCACUUUUUACAUGAAGAAAUCUCAUUUUUUUUAGUCGGAUAAUCGAUCCAUUAACGUAAUAAGGACUACACUAUUUAGAUAUACGCAUAUGUUCGCCACUCA